ACGAUGCAACUAAAAAAAUAGAGGAAAGAAGAAGAGAAACUUCCACUCAUAUUAGCAUUAUUAUUAUUAAAUUCAAAAAACCUGCUGCGUAUGCUUUAGAGUUUAGAAUAUGGCAACAAGUAAGAGCUACUUUGCCACACGAAGCCACAACUUGUUCCCUGUCUCUCAAGACAGAGACUCGACACCGUCGCUAACCAUGGAUUCCGAUUCCGGGUUUGAAUUCGACGAGUCAGAUAUUUACAACUCGGGCCGUGCUAACUCGCUCGAGUUCAGCAGAUCCCUUCACGGCUCUUCCUCAAAGAUGGUAGACUCCGGUGGUCGCGCGGCGUCGCUGCCGGUCAACAUCCCCGAUUGGUCAAAGAUAUUAGGGAACGAGUACAGAGAGAAUAAUAACAACCGGAGGAGGAACAGCAUCGAGGACGAGGAAGAGAACGAGGGUUACGAUGUUGAGAGGAGUGUGAGGUUGCCACCGCAUGAGUUUCUUGCAAGGACAAGGAUGGCUUCCUUCUCUGUUCACGAAGGUGUAGGAAGAACUCUCAAGGGACGAGAUCUCAGCAGGGUCCGAAAUGCCAUUUGGGCCAAAACCGGGUUCCAAGACUGAAUAGCGAUCACCAAAGCUUUUUAUUUUACCUUCUUCUUUAUGUCACUAUAUAUAUUGGCAUGGUUUUAUAGUAUUAUUCAGUUUUGUUUUGUUUGGUCAUUAAAUUCAUGUAUAUGAGGUUUCAGUUAUUAAUUCGAAAC